GUCUCAACUUUACACAUAUGCAAUCUGCAUUCUUGAUUCUUGGUAAAUUUAUGCAACUUUUUGAUCUGAUUUCUUGAAUUUCAGUUGUGUUUCUGACCAAAGAUCUCAUCUUUAUGCAAAAACUGCUUGAGUUCUUGAUACCUCAGCUGUCAAAUAUCUCAUCUUUUAUGCAAACUGCAUUGUUAGAUUGAGCCUUGUAGAUGGACUUUUUCGAGUCUACGAAGGUUGUCUUCGAGAGAAUCGAGCAGCUAGAACCCGUAAACGUCUCCAAAAUCAUCGGCCAUCUCCUCCUCGGACACCAACCCGAGCUUCAAAUGAUCCGCCUCGCCUUCUGCCCCGACCACGCCCUCCAAAUCCUGAUCCACAAAGUGAAGCUAGAGCUCCACUUAUCCCCCAAUAAGCCUCAGCCAUUGCCUUGGCCCUGACCCGAUCCCUCAAAUGCUCGAUUUUAGGCCCACCGUGCAGGUGUGCAACAGCUUUAGGCAGGGGUACUGCAAGUAUGGUGGGAGCUGCAGAUUCUUGCAUGUUUUCCAAAUGCAGAAUGGUGAUUGUAUGGUGCUGAACCCUCCAGCCACGUCGUCGUGUGGAUCCCUCAAGCAGCUCGAGAUGGAGCUCAUCGAGCUGCUAAGAUCCACACGGGGCAUCCCCGUGUCUCUGUCUUCCCUGCCUAUCCUCUACUUUGAUAGGUUCGGGAAGGUGCUUCAAGAAACAGAGAAUCACGGGCACGGGAGGCUCAGUAGCCGGAUGAUCAAGCUUCUUGCCCGAAUGACACCAAACACGAUUCGUUUAACCAACCGCCCACACAGGAGGCAGUCGAUCAUUCUAGACGAGGACAUGGACAGAUACGCGAGAUUUAGGGUGGAAAACGGGCGCCAGCUGCAAGUUUAUCUCACUUUCCCACCAGAGAGCAUUUUCAGUGAGCAAGAUGUUCAUAACUAUUUCAACAAUUUUGGAGCUGUGCAAGAUGUUAGGAUUCCUAGUCAAGUGCAUAGGAUGUUCGGAUUCGUGAGCUUCGCCUACCCUGAGACGGCAGCUCUAGUUCUCACGAUAACCAACCCUCACAACAUCUGUGGAUCACAAGUGCUUGUCAAACCCUAUCAGUUUAAACCAAUGCUCCUUCACAGAGAUCAUGAGGAGGAAGUCCAUGAUCAAGAAGAUGCAGAGUCCCCAAGCAAGAUUUUUCUGACUUUUUUAUUUCAUGUUUUCAAGAAUUACUAACUUGAACAAUUUUCACCUUAUUCUGAUCUGCAUUUCUAUGCAGCACCUAGGACUCGAAGAUGAUAAUGAUUCGUUGGGAAAACAUCAAACUGAAGGGCAUGGAUGAUCAUUCUACUUAGUGGAGACUUGCAAGAACAAGGGGAGAUCAGGUGACUCUGCACAAAAUGUGGAUAACUUUCCCUUAUUAGAAUUUACAAGUUAGUCAUAUAUAUUAUAUAGUCAUCAAACUACAAAUACUACAAUUUGCAAAGCUUUAUUUCAAUCUACAUAUGUUUGUGGAUUUCAUAGUGUUACUUAGAUGUUGCAAAAUGCAUCUUAGUUUAUUGUUAUGGUGAAAGAAAUAGAAGCACAUAUAUGUGUGCAGAUUGAUAACAAUGGUGU